UUUCAUAGAUAUUUUUAUAUAUUUUUAAUACUAAUAAAAAAUGAAUAUUUUCCCUUUCCUUCCUUUUUUUCACUUUGUUUCCAUUUCAAUUUCCAACAAACAAAACCAAUGUGGAUUCUAGUAUUCUACUAGACCGAGUGAACAGAGGUAGAAAAAAAUGAUAGGUACUAAAAGAACAGCGAAAACGACGCCGGAUUAAUUAAUUAAUUAUUCGAAGCCUUUCAACAUUGCAACGUAAACGACGGUGCCGUUUACUGGUGGCGUCACGCUACCUUCCAUCGUCUUCCAAAACGACGUCGCAUCCUUCAGCUUACUCCCACUCACGAUCGAUUCCUCUUUACCCCCCUUCCAAUUAUUUACCUCUAUCAACACAAUUCGACUUCUGAAUCGUCAAUGGCUUCUAAUUCAGACCAGUGGGUGAAGGAGUAUAAUGAAGCACUGAAACUUGGUGAUGAUAUUAGCAGCAUGAUUUCUGAGCAGAGUUCCUUUCCUGCAUCUGGACCGGAGGCUCAACGUCAAUCAUCUGCUAUAAGAAGGAAGAUUACAAUAUUAGGGACUAGGCUUGAUAGCUUGCAGUCCCUUUUGUCAAAGCUUCCUGGAAAGCAACCUUUAUCUGAGAAGGAGAUGAAUCGUCGCAAGGACAUGCUUGCAAACUUAAGGUCAAAAGUUAACCAAAUGGCUUCCUCACUGAACAUGUCAAAUUUUGCAAACAGGGAUAGCUUGCUUGGUCCAGAAGUAAAACCAGAUGUAAUGAACAGAAUUGUUGGCCUGGACAACAAUGGACUUGUUGGAUUUCAACGACAAGUUAUGAAAGAACAAGAUGAGGGCCUUGAGAGUUUGGAGCAGACUGUAAUCAGCACAAAACAUAUUGCAUUGGCAGUGAAUGAAGAGCUGGGUCUACAUACAAGACUCAUUGAUGACUUAGACCAACAUGUAGACGUCACAGAUUCCCGGCUUAGGCGUGUGCAGAAGAACUUGACAUUCUUAUAGCAACUUCUAUUGGGACCUAGUCUCUUGUUUAGCCAUUAUGUUAAUAUUGUUUACUUUACUAUAUAAUUUAUAUUUUGUUUCUGUUGUGAAAACAGCGUGUGCAGAAGAACUUGGCAAUUUUAAAUAAACGAACCAAAGGUGGUUGUUCUUGCUUCUGCAUGCUCUUGUCAGUCAUCGGCAUUGUGGUUUUGGUUGUUGUGAUUUGGCUGUUAGUCAAAUAUUUGUAACCAUAAAAUACCCUACUUGCCAUGCAACUUAUUGUUCAUGUUUCUGUAUGUAUGCACUGAAACAUUGCAACCGGUUUGAAAGGUGCUGUAUUGUAAUUGGCACAUGCAAGUGUUUAUAUAACGUGUGCCUCUUGUAAAAAUGUGAAUGUCGAAAACUACUGUGCUUAAGUUAUAUGUAAGCAAAUGUGUGAUUUGGGAGUGAAGAAAUGUUAUGCCGUGUUAUGUUAUGAA